CCAUCUAUCCCUCCCCUUUCUUUCUAUUUUAUUUAUUACUUUCAAGAAUUUCAUUUAAUGGCAUUUUCACCCGUAUCAAGAGGAGCCGAGUGCGGCCCUUCCAACCCAAUGGCUGGUCUUAUGAAACAGUUUCAACAAGACAGAUCUCUCCAACAAGAUCGUAUGAUGGGAAAUCAACGAGGAGAGAGCUCAAAGUCCGGGUUUCGCACCCGACCCACCCAAGCUUCUAUUGCAGACAGACAGUUUGCAGGCGAGUUUAUGCAGGAAGACAGGGCAGUAGAACGUCCGGCCGGAGUAUUUGAAUUUAACGGCUUAAAUCGAGAAAUCGAUGUUAUCAACGCCAAUUCACAACAUGCUCUAUCAAAUGACUGGGCCAAUGAUUUUAUGCAACAACCAAUGAUGCAGCACCAUCCUGGAGGAAACUUCGAAGAUUUUGAGAAAAUAUACCAACAAAAUCAACCAGAUCACAAAUGGCAUGAUGAGUUUACAGCAUUUCAACAGAAUCAUCCCAAUGAGGUUGCUAUCACAGACCACGAGAGACAUGCUUUUGAGCAUGCCUUUGAGGAAGCAAAACAAGGCGCUCAUGUAAACUGGGAACAAGAGUUUGCAGCGCAGGACUCAUGGGCUAAUGAGUUUGCUGAGCAAGAGCCAAUUACACAGGCAGGAGACAAGGAAGCCUUGGCUAGAACGGCUGCGAUGUUGCUAGACUCUGUGCGUACUGAAGAGAAUCCUAAAUUCAAAAACUCAAAUUUUAUGAAUUUGAUGCGUAAACUAAAAGACAGAGAAGUUUCGAUUGAAGGAAAUAAGAUGGUAGAAUCAAGGGGAGAAGACUGGGCAUCUGAUUUUGCACACGGUAAUAUGUGGUCUAACGAGUUUUCUCAAAAGCAAGAACGCAGUUGGACAUCCGAAUUUGACCAGAUGGACGGUGAGUCUAUGAAAGAAACGAAUGCAUCUUCUGAUGCAAUUGACUGGGCAGCUGAGUUCACCAAGCACGGACCAAUGGACCCUGCCGUACUUCAGAAAGUACUCAAGGAUGGCACAGACACUUCCGACUGGAUCCGACAAUAUCAGGAAAAUAUCGCACAUCUUAGAACAGCAAAGGACGAAGACUGGGAUGCCAUGCAGAAGGACUGGGACACUGCCACUGGAGAAAAACAGGGAUAUCGUGCAGAAAACCCAGAGUAUGAUAACUACACAUUUGCACUAAAUAACCCAUAUCUACUCAACCCUGCUGCAAUCAAUGAAGAACACAUCUCUCUUGCUGAUACAAUCCUUGCCCUGGAAGCAAAAACACAGCUGGUAACAUCUGAUUCAAAUGCAUGGCAGGAACUCGGUCUUCGUCAACAAGAGAAUGAAAGAGACUCGGCUGCAAUUGCUGCCCUCAAAAGAGCUGUUUCCAUGAACCCCUCUUUGCUCGAGGCCUGGCUUGCUUUGGCCGUCAGUUACACAAAUGAGUCUUGUCGCGAGGAUGCUUAUGAAUGUCUUGAGCAAUGGAUAGCUAACAACAAUAAAUACAAACACCUUGCUCAAAAUGGUCGCAUGCCUAAAACAGUAGAAGGAAGACAUGAAUAUGUGACCAAUAUGUUCUUGGAGGCAGCGCGAAGUUUCCCUGGGGAAGAGAUGGACGCAAAUGUGCAAGUGGGUCUUGGUGUACUCUUCAACGUAUCUGAAGAGUACGAAAAGGCUAUCGAUUGCUUCAAGGCUGCUGUCCAAAGCAGACCUCAAGAUUAUCUUCUGUGGAAUAAGUUGGGAGCUACAUUGGCUAAUUCACGCAAUACAUCGGGGUCAAUUGAAGCUUAUUUCAACGCACUUGAAAUCAAUCCUUCUUAUGUUCGCGCUCGCUACAAUCUGGCAAUUAGCUGUAUCAAUUUAGGACAGCACAAGGAGGCAGCAGAACAUUUGUUGACUUCUCUUGCGCUUCAGCAGGCUGGAGACUCUAGUACUAGUGCAUCUAUAAUGAGCCAACAGAAGGGUGGUAUAGGUGGACCUUCCGGUGGAAUGAGUGAAAAUGUCUGGGAUAGUCUCCGUAUGGUGAUGUAUAUGAUGAAUCGUGAAGAUCUUGCUAGCCAGUGUGACCAGCGUAACCUCAACGCCUUUCGAGGUGUAUUUGAAUUCUAAAAACAAUAGCUGCACGGUUGCAUACCCAAAGCAUCGUUUAGGUGUUCCUUGGUGUGUAUUUAGCAAAGAUCUUACUGGAUAGUCUGCAUACAAGCUAGCUUUUUUUUUGCAAUAAUAAUAAUGAAAAAUUAUAAUACCAU